UAACUACCUUAGGAGCGACUGUACUUACUACUAAUUCUAUAAGUGCCGACAGUUGCUAUCGUGUUGUCAUGAUUGCAUUACCUGAUCCUAUUGCUCCUACUGCUCCUACUGCUCCUACAGGUCCUACAGGUCCUACAGACCCCACAGUUCCUACUACUCCUACAGUUCCCACUACUCCCACUCGUCCUACUACUCCUACUAGUCGUACAACAUCUACUGGUUCUACUAAUCGAGGAACAUCUACUAGUGGAAGAACAUCUGCUAGCCGUACAGCUUCUACUAGUCCAACUACUGUAAGAAAAUCCUCUGCACCUACAAAACCUACGGUCCAAGAAACUUCUAGACGAGAACCGUCCGACAUAACCGCACCAUCCAUAGCUCCAUUAUUUGCUAUAGAUGAAGAUGGAAACAAAAUAUCAUUAAGUACCAUUGAAAUUUUGGUGAAUGCUACAGCGGAUGAGAUUGCCAAACGGGAGAAUAGGAAAGCUAUCGCUGGACUUACUUAUUUGGUAGCAGAUAUUACAGAUUCUUCGGGGUUCUAUAUUCAGGAUGGCAGGCUUUACGAUGCAGAUGGUCGCACGGCUGUUAAUCAAGAUUCAAAGUUCAUCACAUUUGCUUCCGAAGGAGGAUUGAUAGGAUUUGAGCUCUCCGAAAAUGGCUAUUUGUCUUUCAGAGGAGAAUCGAAUUUCUAUUAUUGUUACUUGGAUGGAGGAAAUACCACUUUCAAGGCAGUUUCCCUUGAAGAUACUGGAUCUUGUAAUGUUACUUCACUUAUAUUGGGAGGCAGUGCUGAUGAAGGAUCUACCAUGAUCACUACUGUGUUCCUCUUCACUGAAACUAGAACCAUCACCGAAUGUUCAUCAACAGUGACCGAUUGUCCAGGCUCCUCUAAAUUCGUUCAUACUAUUACUACAACAUACUGUCCGGACACGGAACCUGGUCCAUAUACAAUCACUUUAUAUGCAGCAGUAGAAACUGGAGAUGGAGGUGAUAUUCAAACUCGUACAUUUAUAACUACAAUAGGCGACACAUCACUUUCUUCUUCUGUUCAAGGAUCUGGGCCAACAGAGAUCCCUACUUUUAAUAGUGCCGGUACUUUAACUCGUGGGUUGGGUUUAGUCAUGGCGGCUUGUAUUAUAUUUUUGCUUUGAUUCUUUUCUUGUUUUGAUUAUUAAAUACUUUGGUAUUAAAAGGAUUUAUUUUUCUUCGAUAAUUGCUUAAAAAAGUACUCUACAA